AUGGCUUCCGAAGGAAUCCUGUUGGGGAUGGGCAACCCCCUCCUUGAUAUCUCUGCCAUAGUCGACGAAGACUUCUUGAAAAAAUAUGAUCUCCAAUUCGACAAUGCUAUUCUUGCAGAGGAUAAACACUUACCCAUAUAUGAGGAACUUUGUUCCAAUCCUAACGUGGAGUACACUGCUGGAGGUGCUACUAACAAAUCCAUUCGAGUUGCCCAGUGGAUGCUUCAAGAACCCGGUGCAACAAGUUAUAUGGGUAGCAUAGGAAAAGAUAAGUAUGGGGAUGAGAUGAAGAAAAGCUCAAAACUUGCUGGUGUAAAUGUUCACUUUUACGAGGAGGAGUCUGUACCAACAGGAACUUGUGCUGUUUGUAUUGUGGGAGAUGGGAGGUCUCUUGUUGCCAAUUUGUCUGCUGCCAACUGCUACAAAUUUGAGCAUUUGAAAAGACCAGAAAAUUGGGCAUUGGUUGAGAAGGCCAAGUACUUGUAUAUUGCUGGUUUUUUCCUAACUGUAUCGCCUGAAUCGAUACAGCUUGUUGGUGAACAUGCCGCCAAAAAUAACAAGAUUUUUGGUAUGAACCUUUCUGCUACGUUUAUCUCUGAGUUUUUCAAGGAUGUUCAGGAGAAAGCUUUGCCGUAAGCACUUUUC